GACUCAUCUCCCACCUCACUGGGGCUGAGAUCCCAGCUCUGUAACAGAAAACACCACCACUUCGGCCCCAGCACAGCAGAGAACCACCCAGCCUAGAACUCACCGGGAGAGGCAACUCUCCUCCUGCUCCUUCCCUCCACCAUGGAGUACCUCUCAUCCCUAAACCCCAGCGGUCUGCUCAGGUCGGUAUCCAAUAUGAGCUCUGAGUUUGGCCGGAAAGUCUGGACUUCAGCUCCACCACCCCAGCGACCUUUCCGAGUCUGUGAUCACAAGCGGACCACCCGGAAAGGUCUGACAGCUGCCACCCGCCAGGAACUGCUAGACAAGGCACUGGAGGCCCUGCUGCUGAGAGGGAUGCUAACACUGGUGCUGGAGGAGGAUGGGACCGCUGUGGAGAGUGAGGACUUCUUCCAGCUUUUGGAGGAUGACACAUGCCUGAUGGUGCUGGAGUGCGGGCAGAGCUGGAGCCCCAGCAAGAGUGGCAUGCUGUCAUAUGGCCUGGGCCGGGAGAAGCCCAAGCACAGCAAGGACAUCGCCCGCAUCACCUUCGACGUAUACAAGCAAAACCCUCGAGACCUCUUUGGCAGCCUCAAUAUCAAAGCCACGUUCUACAGGCUCUACUCCAUGAGUUGUGACUUUCAAGGACUCGGCCCAAAGAAAGUACUCAGGGAGCUCCUCCGUUGGACCUCUGCACUGCUGCAAGGCCUGGGCCAUACGCUCCUGGGAAUUGCCUCCAGCCUUCGCCAUGUAACAGAAGGGGCCGAGCAGUGGCACUGGCAGCAGCAGGGUCGCCUCCAUCCCUACUGAGAAGGGGCUCUGAGCUGCUUUCUGCCCCUAGACUCACUGCAAGAGACAUACUGUGAGGACUGUGAGGGCAUCGGCUUUGGAGAUGCGAGGACAGUGUGGAUGAGAUGACUCACCUGAUUUCCCCCGCUGUCUUCUGACCCAUUGUUACAGGCCCCAUCAGCGUAAGGCCUUCCAGCCCUAGCCUAUACCCUUUCCUGAAGAAUGCUGUUCCCUUCCCAGCCGGCUUUCCGCCCUCCCACUUACCCGGAAAGGCCACAAGCCCAUCCCCAAGCAUCUCAAUUCCACCCUGAUCAUUGCUACAUCUAGAUUCUUCGCACCUCCUCCUGUCCCUAAGCUUCCCAAUGCACUGAAUUCGGCCCUCUUUGACUUUGUCUCGAUUUCUUUAUACACUUCUCCCCAAGAUAACAAAAACAUUUCCAAUAAAAAUAUAAAAAUA